AGGAGCAGGAGGGUGGGCCUGUGCUCAGUUCCCUCCCUGCCACAGGCCACAUCCUUGAGUGGCUGUCACCCAUUCUAACAUCUUGGUUAGAACUUUCCUACAGAGGAUGCGCCUCCACUCUGGUUCCUUCAGCUCCGUGCCAAGUGCCCUCAGAGUUAAAUCUCAAACCAACCUUCCUCAGGAGAAAGGGAGGACCUGAGCUGGAGUGUGCCCUGGCUGGCAAGGCCCCAGAAAAGGCUGUGUAGUCUGAGCUGGAGGCAAGAGCUAUUUCGGUGUAAUGGGCUGUUUUGUGUUAAAAAGCAUGUAUCUCCAGGGCCGGCCCCAUUGCCUAGUGGUUAAGUUCAGCAUGCUCUGCUUUGGCAGCCUGAGUUCAGUUCCUGGGAGCAGACCUACACCACUCAGUGGUGGCCAUGCUGUGGUGGCAACCCACAUACAAAAUAGAGGAAGAUUGGCACAGAUAUUAGCUCAGGGACAAUCUUCCUCAGAAAAAAAAAAAAAAUGCAUCUGUCUCCGGGAGUACUAAGCCCCCUAAAGGAAAGGCGGCAAGUGGGUGUGAUUAUUUAGAUUUUAAUGAGUUGGGGAUUUUAUUAGUGUAAAUUUUAAUGACUGAAGGUAACACACCAAUCAAAGGCAAUUCCAUCAGAGAUUACCUUUGCUGAGUGAUUCUCAAGCUUGGGAUGUGCAUCAGAAUCACCUGGAGGGCUUGUGAAUACAGAUUGCAAGCACCACCCACAGAGUUUCUGAUUAGGCAGAUCUGAGAUGGGGCCCGAGAAUUUGCAUAUCUAACAAAUUCCCGGAUGAUGUUGAGGCUGCUGGCCUGGGUACCACCCUUGGAGAAGCACUGUCCAGGUCUCGCUAAUCAAAGUGUGGUGCCCAGACCAGCAACAUGGGUAUCGCCUGGGAGUUGUUAGCAAGGCAGAACCUUGAACCCCACCGCACACUCAUGGAACCCGACUCUGCUGUUCAACAAGAUCUCCAGGGGAUUCUAUACACAUUGAAGGUUGGGACACAUCACUUCAAGGCAGCGCUUCCCAGACUUCCAGUCAAAGGAAUCUCUUGGAAUGUUUAAAAUUCAGAUUCCUAGGCUGCUCUGGUGACGUGGAUUCAGAAGAUGUGGGAGGAUCCCAGGAAUCUGAUAUUCAGCCCCUCAGGUGAUUAUUGUGAUCAGGUAAGCGUAGGAAACUUGUGCUCAUUUACCUCGGUUCUGUGUUCCUUGGGCAAGACCAAGCCACAAAGCCAGAGAAAAGCCUCUCCCUCCAGCAUCAUGACAAGGCAGCUGCUUCUCCCCUAGAAACAGGAACUUGGGGAAGGUGGCUCCUUGAUGGUCUGUGAUGCCGUCAGAGGAAACGGGUGGUUGUGAGAACCACAGAGCCUGCAGAUGUGAGCCGGGAGCCCCAAGGCCCUGUGACAGAGCUCAAAGAGCCCUGGGCCUGCUUCCCUGGCCCGGCUGUGCUUGAGAGGGCUGCCCAGUCGGGGAUCCCUAAGGCACAGAUCUCCUGUCCGACAGGUGUACAAACUGCUGACCACAGGCAGAUACGGAGCUACCCAAAGCGACACCAAGAGCCUCUGUCUGAAGAUUCUCCCAGGCCUGGAAGGUUCUGGGUGCCCUAGGACUAAGGAUGUUGGCAGACUUCCAGAAGGGGCCCCCAAAGCCCUAACCUCUCCGGCAGAAGCAUGUGUCUAAGCUGAGCCCCCGCCCCAAGCCUCCGAUGGCAAGAAACCAAUUUCUCUCAGUGAUGUGCUUCUGCGAGUUCUGCUGAGGAACGAUGGGAAGUCAGCCCAGCAGAGGGAAAGCCCUGCGGAGCCCGAGCCUGAGCCCAAGCCCAAGCCCCUCUGUCCAAGGCCAGGGCCCUGUGCCCGCGCAAGCAGACAGGAGCAGGGCCACAGCUGUGGCCCUGGGCAGUUUCCCGGUAGGUGAGCAGGCAGAGCUGUCACUGAGACUGGGGGAGCCACUGACCAUCGUCUCUGAGAAUGGAGACUGGUGGACGGUGCUGUCGGAAGUCUCAGGCAGAGAGUACCUCAUCCCCAGCGUCCAGGUGGCCAAGAUCUCCCAUGGGUGGCUGUAUGAGGGCCUGAGCCGGGAGAAAGCUGAAGAACUGCUGCUGCUGCCUGGAAACCGUGGAGGGGCCUUCCUCAUCCGGGAGAGCCAGACCAGGAGAGGCUUUUACUCCCUGUCAGUCCGCCUCAGCCGCACUGCAUCCUGGGACCGGAUCAAACACUACAGGAUCCAGCGCCUUGACAACGGCUGGCUGUACAUCUCGCCACGCCUUACCUUCCCCUCACUCCAGGCCCUGGUGGACCAUUACUCUGAGCUGGCGGAUGACAUCUGCUGCCUCCUUAAGGAGCCCUGUGCCCUGCGGAGGGCUGGCCCACUCUUUGGCAAGGCCAUACCCCUACCUGUGACUGUACAGACGACGCCACUCAACUGGAAAGAGCUGGACAGCUCCCUCUUGUUCUCUGAAGCAUCUGCCACAGGAGAAGCGUCUCUCCUCAGCGAGGGGCUCCGGGAGGCCCUCAGCUCCUACAUCAGCCUGACUGAUGACACCUCCUUGGACGGCAAGGCCCAAAGCAGAGGCCGAAAGAAGAACCAAGGUUGCAGCACCUAGAGCACCAACCAGCUCAGCCUGAGCACCCCAGAGGCAAGGCUGUACACUGAGGGGAGGCUGGGACAGAGGCACAUCCUGGGUGCCACCUGCAUCCUCUGCUCCUUCCUCUCAGCCCUAAGUCACUUAACCUCCUCCCAGGGCCAUGACCCUGCCUGCAACCUGCAUUUCAAGUCCAGACCAGUUAAGAGCAGGGCCAGGGCUCCAAAAACAGACUGAACCUCCUCUGGGGUCUGAUGGAGUCAAUUCCCAAGUUUGGGAUUUCCAGAACCAUCUUGCCUGUUGAGUCCCAUUCUACACCCCCACUGCUAACCAGCCUCACCCACAAGAUAGAAACCACCACUAGCAUCAAGGAGAAAAACAUCAUUUAAAGAAAAUUUACAAGUCUCACUCAGACUACCACCAUACUUCAGAAGGUAGGACUGUGGCCUAGAAGGGACAGGAAAGCAGAGGGGAUGGACGGCUUACCAUAGCAGCAGAACCUGGGCUCUCCAGCCUCCACCUGACUCCCAGAGCAAAGAGAAGGACCUCUGACAGUCCAGGUCCUCAAAUGUCCACAUCAAGCCCCUUCUCUGCACAGUCCUAGCUCUCAGAUCUCUAUUUCAUUUUGUGGCUUAUCAUUUGAACCUGGCCAAGCUUUCCUAAGUACAAUGGGCUUGCCUCUUGUGGCAAAAUGCAAAAUGACACCUUCUGAGCCCAGCACAUUGCAGUGAGGUUAAUCACAGUUCUCAGUGCUGGGCAGGGGCAUCAGGGCAUGAGAAGGUGGUGAGCCCUCUCUCCACGAAGCCAAGGCCACAGCCUAAACCAACUCUAGCCUUUGAUUUCCCUGCUGCCCAUAAAAGGAAAGAGGCCUGGCUGGAGCUACUGAAGGAAGCAGGG